AUGGACCGAGUGACCAGAUACCCCAUCCUGGCCACUCCCGGCUCGCCGCGAGUCACCGGGCUGGUGCUCGACGGGGACACCCGCUACACUUUCCGGCUGGUGGGCGUGGGAUCCGAGGCCGGCGGCUGGGGCCAGGACGAGCCGAAGGCAUGGCCCACACCCGGGGAAGCUUGGCAGGACGCUGCGAGGACAGGGGUGUCCUGGGGCGUGCACAGCUACGCCGUGGAGCCGGAGGACGAGGAGGACUUGGAGGUGCAGGGGUACCACCGGGGUGCCAAGGACACCCUCUCCGGGAGGCCGUGGGACCUGGAGCGGGAGCGCUGGGCCGUCGUCCAGGGCCAGGCGGUCAAGAAGAGCGGCACGGUGGCCACACUCCGGGGCACCCCUGACCAGGGAGACCUCCGGCCCCCCGGCCCACUGCGGCCCCCACGCCCGGAGGAGGACGCGGUGGACAGGGAGCAGAUCGACUUCCUGGCGGCGAGGCAGCAGUUCCUGAGCCUGGAGCAGGCCAACAAGCAGGGCCCCGGAAAGACCCCGGCCAGGGGGCCCCCUGCACGUGCCCCGCCGGGCACCAGCCAGGCUCCCAAGACCUCCAACGGGCCCCACCUGGCCAACGGGUCUGUGGUCCCCCUCAAGCCGCAGGUGAAGGCGGCGGUCGGGGCAGAGAAGCAUCCCCGAGGUUUGCCCACACAGCCCAGAAUCCAGGCCGGGGGCGACCGGGCCGACUCCCCGGGGCCGCCCAAGGAGACGCCCAUCGAGCGGGAGAUCCGCCUGGCCCAGGAGCGCGAGGCAGACCUGCGAGAGCAGAGGGGGCUUCAGCGGGCGGCCGGCCCCCAGGAGCUGGUGGAGAUCCGCGCCCGCCCGCUGCUGACCAGGGUGAGCCUGACCUCUGCGCCCUGGCGGGACAGGGGGCGCCCGUCUCUCUACGUGCAGCGGGACAUGGCGCAAGGCACCCAGCGCGAGGAGGACCACCGGCGGGAGGGCCUGCAGGUGGGCCGGCCGGCCGCGUCCGACUGGGUCCCGGAGGAUUCCCAGCCUGGGCUCCAGAGAGCCCUCAGCUCGGAUGCCGUCCUCGGCCCCACCCCGGACGCCCGAGCAGCCGACCCUGCGCCAGAGGUGAGGAAGGUGAACCGCAUCCCGCCUGACGCCUACCAGCCAUACCUGAACCCCGGGAGCCCCCAGCUGGGGCUCUCAGCCCUCGGAAGUGCAUACGGCAAGCCUGGGGACCUCUCCGCGGAGGAGGCCAAGGCUGCGUCCUCUCCCAAGGCCGUGGGGUCCGGGAAGCAUCUCUCGGAAUCCUCUGGAAAGCCCUUGAGCAUACAGCAGGAGAGCCCGAAGCCCCCCCGGGGACCCCCGCCAGCCGAUGGGGGUGUCUUGCGGAGGCAGUACUUCCGCCUGCGCCCCCUGCGGUUCAGGGCCCCAGAUGUGCCCCAGCAGGCCGAGGCCCCCCACGUCCGGGGCUGGGAGGGGCCCAGGGACCCGGCGUGGAGGCUGCAGAGGUCCCAGUCGUCUGAUCUGCUGGAGAGGGAGGUGGAGAGCGUGCUGCGCCGGGAGCGGGAGGUGGCAGAGGAGAGGAGGAACGCUCUCUUCCCCGAGGUCUUCUCCCCCACGCCCGGGGAGGGCUGUGACCGAGACUCCAGGAGCUCCUCCCAGGCGUCCGGCAUCACGGGCAGCUACUCGGUGUCGGAGUCACCCUUCUUCAGCCCCGUCCACUUGCACUCGGGUGUGGUGUGGACGACAGAAGACGCGGCAGAUGGCGCUCCCGUGUGGAGAAUUAAGAAGGAGCAGUGGUACGCUGGCAUCAACCCCUUGGACGGCAUCAACUCGGAGAUCCUGGAAGCCACGCGGGUGACCCGCCACAAGAACACCAUGGCCCAACGCUGGGAGUCCGGCAUCUACGCCAGUGAGGACGAGGACUAA